AUGUUGUUGCCCCCGCUUGCCCGCGCCGUUUGCCGGCCAACCCUCCACCACCGUCUCCGUCCGCAGCACGCCUACCUCUCCGCACGCGUCUUCACCUCGAGCCCUCUCCAUAGAAAGGAUGUACAUGGCCAGCGGCCACCGACAGCGCAGAGCGCUCCCUCUCCAGGCUCCAAAGAUGCUGUACAGCAGACAAAAGCAGCUCAGCCUGCGAAACCGCCUACCUUGUUGGCCGAGCAAACAGUGACCAACAAGGAGCAGCGCAAGGCAGAUUGGGCCAUCAUAAAGGAGAUGUCGCAUUAUCUGUGGCCUAAGGAUAACUAUGGUACAAGAUUUCGAGUGGGUUUGAGUGUCGCACUCUUGGUGAGCGCGAAAGUGCUCAACGUCCAAGUGCCCUUCUACUUUAAGAACAUUGUUGAUUCAAUGAACAUUGACUUCGCUGCUCUGGGAGGCACCGCCUGGACGGUCGCAGGAACUAUGAUUGUAGCUUAUGGUGCAACCCGAAUCGGCGCGACUGUGUUCCAGGAAGUGCGUAAUGCAGUGUUCGCCAGUGUCGCACAGAAAGCCAUCAGAGCGGUCGCGUGUAGAGUGUAUGAACAUCUGCUCAGGCUGGACCAGAGUUUUCAUUUGUCGCGGCAAACUGGUGGGUUGACGCGAGCGAUCGACCGCGGAACCAAAGGCAUAAGCUUUUUGCUGACGUCCAUGGUCUUCCACGUUUUGCCCACUAUUUUGGAGAUCUCUCUUGUCUGCGGUAUCCUGACGUACAACUAUGGUGCCAAGUUCGCCCUCAUCACUGGUACAACCAUGCUUGCAUAUACCGCCUUCACUAUUUCAACCACCGCAUGGCGGACCAAGUUCCGCAAGCAGGCGAAUGCCGCAGAUAAUAAAGCAGCAACGGUCGCGGUAGACUCAUUGAUAAAUUAUGAAGCCGUGAAGUACUUCAACAACGAGAAGUUCGAAGUCGGAAGAUAUGACAAGGCACUUCAAAAUUAUGAGAAGGCUUCCAUCAAGGUCGCCACUUCGCUCGCCUUCCUCAACUCUGGCCAAAACUUGAUCUUCUCCAGCGCGUUGACUGCCAUGAUGUAUCUCGCCGCAGACGGCGUAGCUAAUGGCAACUUGACCGUCGGAGACCUCGUGAUGGUCAACCAGCUGGUAUUCCAGCUUUCAGUCCCGCUCAACUUCCUCGGCUCCGUCUACCGCGAGCUGAGACAGAGUCUUCUCGACAUGGAAACUCUCUUCAAUCUGCAGAAGGUCGAACUCAAGGUUCGAGACAAGCCCAACGCAAAGCCUCUGCUACUCAGCUCCGGCGAGCUCAAAUUCGAGAAUGUCACCUUCGGUUACCGACCCGACCGCCCGAUCCUCAAGAACCUUAAUCUCACGAUCCCAGCUGGAAAGAAGAUUGCCAUCGUCGGUCCUAGCGGUUGCGGAAAGUCCACCAUCCUCCGCUUGCUGUUCCGAUACUAUGAUGUGCAGGAGGGCCGCAUCCUCAUUGACGGACAGGACAUCCGCGACGUCAGCUUAGAAAGCCUGCGCAAAGCCAUUGGUGUAGUACCACAGGACACGCCGUUGUUCAAUGACACCAUCGGUCACAACAUCAAGUACGGAAACCUAGAAGCAACUGACGACCAGAUCAUUGAGGCCGCACGACGCGCUCAUGUCCACGACACCAUCAGCAGUUUCCCAGACGGGUAUAAUACUAUGGUCGGAGAACGCGGCAUGAUGAUCUCAGGCGGCGAGAAGCAGCGCCUUGCCGUAUCGCGCCUGAUUCUCAAGGACCCGCCUCUACUCUUCUUCGAUGAAGCGACCUCAGCACUGGAUACCCACACCGAGCAAGCGCUUCUCUCGCACAUAAACUCUAUACUAAAAGAAAAGAAGCGCACAUCGGUCUUUGUCGCACAUCGCCUUCGUACUAUCUACGAUUCAGAUAUGAUUAUCGUCCUGAGAGCGGGCAGUGUGGCGGAAAGUGGCACGCACCAGCAGUUGAUAGACCGGGCGGGACUGUACUCGGAGCUCUGGAGCGCACAAGAGACAUUGUUUGCGGGAGCGGAUGAGAAGGAGGUUGUCGAAGAUGAGAUUAAGGAUCCAGGACAACGAAAGUAG